GAAAAUGUUCGAGAUAUCGAAAUUGUUCUCACUGCGAAGGUAUGAGCAUUUAUACAAAAGAAUAAAUACCCAAAAAAGGGAAAAAAUUUACAAUUUCUUGUUGAUUAUUAGCAUAACUUUCUUUCGAGCUAAUAAAAGUUUGUGAUUUGCCGUGAAAGUUUUAAAGUCAGGACAGCUUCGAAAAACAAACCAUUAAGUGACCCCUGGCAGGCAAAUUAGCUGCGCAGCAAUACAAAAGUUACUCAACCAGGAAGAGCCAUCCCUAAUACUGUUAUAAUUGCACAGCGAUUCAAGCAUUAAUUAGUAAUAAGGACCCCAAAUAGAAUCCGACCCGCAGCGGUCACGCCAGCGCCAGUCACGACAAACUUAUUGCACUGCUGCACCAGUUUAGCUUUAUGGAAUCCUCCAGCAAUCUGUGUCAAAGAACCCGGUUCGUAAGCCACUCCUCGCCUUCUUCUGGCCAAAGGACUCCAGCAGGUAACCUCAAAAUGAGCAGGGAAAGGAGCUGGGAAAGCCAGAGAAGCACACCUUGAAUGUCUUCCGGUAGUCGCUAGAAAAAACAACAAAGGGGAGAAACUUCUUGAACAACUUUGUGGCAACUGCGCAUGGAUUUGGUUUUGUUGUGGUUUUUUGCUUUGUUAACUUUGGUCGCAUUGCUAUGACAUUGGCCAGUGGGUUGGCUACGACCUGGGACAUGGGGCCCGGGCUGCUCCAGCGAUUCCCCCAUUCAGUGUUCGGUUGUCAGACAAAACAUACGUCCGCUGAAGCGGUCUAACCAUUCAAAUAUUUAUUGAUCGACAGGCUUAGCGGAGUAUUUGGCGCAUGGUGUGUAUCGUAGACUCCCCAAAAGACUUUAAUCAAAUAUAAAUCCAAUUCAUUCACAAUGCAAUAUAUAAACCUAGUGGCAAAUACGUCAGAUAUUAGCCAGAUGGGUGCCUAGUAACCUGUAAAUAUGCAUACACAUCAAAUCGCAAGACAGCCCUUGAAAAAAUAACAGAUCGAAUAUCAAUCACCCCAUAUCGCAUACCCUGUGAGUCCACAUGUGUUCGUGUCUGAGCUAUCAAACAGAAAAAUUCUUAAACAUUUUGUGUGCCCAAUGCAAAGCAAUGCGACGUGCAAACAUCAAACGUGGUCAAUGUUUGAGCUUAAGACCACAAGGUAGCAGCAAAAUGGAUCGCUACGAGAAGCUCAGUCGGCUGGGCGAGGGCUCCUACGGCGUGGUCUACAAGUGCCGGGAUCGGGAGACGGGCGCCCUGGUGGCGGUCAAGCGGUUUGUGGAGUCCGAGGACGAUCCGGCCAUUCGAAAAAUCGCACUCAGAGAAAUUAGGCUACUGAAGAACCUGAAGCAUCCGAACCUGGUCUCCCUGCUAGAAGUGUUCCGACGGAAGCGGCGCCUCCACCUGGUCUUCGAGUUCUGCGAGCUGACCGUGCUGCACGAACUGGAGCGCCACCCACAGGGCUGUCCGGAGCACCUGACCAAACAGAUCUGCUACCAGACGCUGCUGGGCGUGGCCUAUUGCCACAAGCAGGGCUGCCUCCAUCGCGACAUCAAGCCGGAGAACAUUCUGCUGACGGCCCAGGGCCAGGUGAAGCUGUGCGACUUCGGCUUCGCCCGGAUGCUCAGUCCGGGUGAGAACUACACGGACUACGUGGCCACCAGGUGGUACCGGGCGCCGGAGCUGCUGGUGGGCGACACCCAGUACGGCACACCCGUGGACGUCUGGGCCAUCGGUUGCCUCUUCGCCGAGCUGGUGCGUGGCGAGGCCCUCUGGCCAGGACGCAGCGACGUGGACCAGCUGUAUCUGAUCCGCAAGACGCUCGGCGACCUGCUGCCGCGCCACAUCCAGAUCUUCGGGCAGAACGAGUACUUCAAGGGCAUCACGCUGCCAGUGCCGCCCACGCUGGAGCCGCUGGAGGACAAGAUGCCGGCCAAGUCGCAGCAGAAUCCUCUGACCAUUGACUUUCUCAAGAAGUGCCUGGACAAGGAUCCAGCCAAGCGCUGGUCCUGCGAGAAGCUGACAAAGCACUCCUACUUCGACGACUACAUCGCCAAGCAGCGGGAGCUGGAGCACGUCAACAGCCUGGAGGCGGCCAAUCUCCGCCAGCAGCAGCUCGCCUCCCAGCAGUUCAUGCUGGCCACGGCGGCCCAGCAGCUCCAGACGGGUCCUGCCCAGGCGGCGGCCAUCGCGGCGGCAAGGGAUAAAUCAAAGACUUCAAACACAUCACUACCGCUGCUGCCCAGCACGCAGCAUCACCACCAUCCGCAUCAAGAUUACGUGAAGCUGCAGCCCCUCAACAAAAAUGCAAACCUGCUCCAUCGCACCGAGCAUCAUCUGCCCACCAUUUGAGCUUCGGCGGGGAUUGUAACGCAGUAAUGUCCUUCAGCGAAAUUGAACUUAUUUACUGCUGGGAAUAAAUGUGUAAAAGUAAUCCAUUAAUAUAUCACUGGGCGGAACGCUGGCAAACACUUGGCAACUCAUCCCUUCGGAGCGAACUGAAUUAGUAACUAAGUCUAAAGUGCAAUUUUCAGCUAUCAUCAAAUAAAAUGUGCUACAUAAUGUUUUA